GUCCUGUCAGCAAGACGUCUUGGACAGAUAAUGAAAUAGAUAAGAUAAUAAUAUCAAACAAUCCAUUUUGCCUGCGAGUAGUAGAAAAAUAAAUAGAAAAUGUCAGGAUUUGAUGAUAAUCCCUUUGGGGAGCCUACUAUUGAUAACCCUUUUGCUGACCCAUCUGUUCAACAAGUAGCUAGAAAUAGCAAUGCCCAACUCAGAGUUGAUGAUUAUAAUCCCUUUGAUAAUCAGGCACCAAGUCAAAAACCGACAUACAAUCAACCAAAUUCUGGUCCUGCCAUAAUGCAGCCAACAGAGGAACCUCCAGCAUACACCAGAAGUGGCCAACAAACCCAAAGUGUCCCUAAACCUACUCUCGAUACUGCCGAAUUACAAAGAAGGCAGGAAGAGUUGGAAAGGAAGGAGCAAGAGUUGGCUCGUAGAGAAGAAGAAAUGAGAAAUUCAACAUACAAUGUGAGAAGGAAUAAUUGGCCACCUCUGCCAGAACAGUGCUGUUUCCAGCCCUGCUUCUAUCAAGACAUACAAGUGGAUAUACCUCUAGAAUUUCAAAAAAUUGUUCGCCAUCUAUACUACUUAUGGAUUUAUCAUGGUCUGGUGAUGAUAGCCAAUGUAAUAGGGGGAAUAAUGCUGAGAGACUUUGAAAUUAUUGGACUUGGUAUUCUCUAUGUACUUCUUUUCACUCCAUUCGGGUACCUCUGCUGGUUUAGGCCCGCUUACAAAGCAUUCCGCUCUGAUUCGUCUUUCAACUUCAUGGUGUUCUUUUUUAUAUUUUUUUUCCAAUUUGUUAUCACAACAAUACAAACCAUAGGGAUUCCUGGUUCUGGAACAAUUGGUGUUAUCAAGGCCCUGUCCUCUUUUAAAGAUACUGCAUGGAGUAUUAUUUGUGGAGUUGUCGCCUUAUUUAUUGCUAUAGGAUUUGGUUGUGCAGCUGCAGCAGAUUUAUUUUUGAUUUCAAAGAUCCAUCGUAUGUACAGAAGUACUGGUGCAAGUAUGGCUAAGGCUCAGCAAGAAUUCACGACAGAGUUCUUCCGCAAUCAGCAUGUCAGAAGUGCAGCAAGUAACAUUGCUGCUUCUGCUGUUCAGUCUCAGAUGAGUCAGAAUCAGAACCAAAACGCACCAAGAUAUUAGUAAUUUAUCCAUAUAAUACAUUAUUUAUUUAACAUAUUUUGAUGAGAUAAUAGUUAAUUUUUCAGUAUUUAUAUCUGGAAGAUACGUCAUGUAUGAUUUACAAUUGAAAAUUUGAAUUAUUGUAUAUGAUUACAUGUAAAUUUGCACUAUAUUGUUAUUUUGUGAUUUACAUAAUAAAAAGGGUAAUUCAAUAUCAAAGAAAAGAAUAAAUAUGUAUUAACUGUUACAUCGAUUUUAAAAACUAGGUAGGCUGUAAAUAUUUCCAUUGAGCUAUUCUUGGUAGGAUUUGUCAAUUAUAUUGUUAUCCCCAGGAUCAGUUGAACUUCUGUUAGGUUUGAAAUAUGUUGCACUUGGACUUGAAUAUGUUGGUAAGUUGGUAGAAAUCAUGACCUUUUUGUUUGAGAGAGAAUAGCUUGUACUUAAAAUAUCGGCCUCAUUUAAGUUACACAUUUGUAAUACUACUAUUUGACUGUGUUAUGUUGUGCUAAGGAUUAUAUUUGUUAUAUUUUUAAUUUCAAAACGUGAAAUGAUUUUAUAGCUGAAAUUUGUUUCUCUUAAUUUUCGAUCAUUUCUAUAUAUUGCACUUUAGUGUAUAUU